AACAGGAUGAAACUCGAUAAAAAAAAGCAAUAGCCCCAGUAAAACCCUAAGAACAAUACGAAAAGUUCAAAAUAAUAAGUAGUUUAGAAACUUCCAGAUGAUAUGGUAUGGAUCAAGUUUGAAAUUAGGAAUCUGAAAUCAGAGAUUGCUUCAACUUUUAUGAUCCUUAAAGGUCUGGUCACAUUAAUCGAUAAAGCUUGCGAUCAAUUCUAGGCAAUUUUGCUUUUAUUAAUAAAACUGUUAAGGAUAUAGAAGAGGAAAUUCAUGAUGUUGUUGAUGAGUAUAACUUUAUAUUAUUUGAAUUUUUUUCAUAGACAACGAGAUAGUUUUUCAUUGAAAGAUGUGAUGCAUUUAAUUUAAAGAAGAUGGUUUGAGAAUAAGGGUAGAGAUGAGGAGAUGGAUGAAAUCUUCGAUUUAUUUGUUAAAAAGUAAAAUAACUAUUUAUUACUGUAGAGAUCGUAAAAUUGGAUUGGCUGAAAUUAAAAAUGUCUUUGGUUAAUAUCUUGAUAUUCAGAUUAGUGAAUCUGAUAUCCUUGAAUUCAUCUCAGAUGCAAGCAAGGGUAAAGACGCUAUGACUAAAGAUGAUUUAGCAUCUAAAAUGAAUUAUAUUUGA